UCUUACGGGAAAUCUUGGCAACAUUGUAACACAAGCCAGGUGGACAUGCAGUCACUUGUCAGUAUAUGCCAAAUUUCUUUCUUUCAUGGAGUCUGCUUGGUGGUUAGUGGAAUAGGAUUCCCCCGAAGUAACCCACCAAAAUGCCACAAAACGAAUACAUUGAACGGCACCGUAAACUGUACGGGCGCCGUCUGGAUUAUGAGGAGCGCAAACGGAAGAGGGAGGCCAGGGAGCCCCACAAACGGUCACAAAAGACCCGCCAACUGCGCGGCAUCAAAGCGAAAAUAUUCAACAAAGAGAGACGCAACGAGAAGAUCCAAAUGAAGAAGAAGAUCAAGGCCCACGAAGAGAAGAAGACUAAAAACAAAGCGAACGAGAAAGUGGGCGAGGGGGCCCUGCCAGUGUACCUGCUGGACCGUGACGUCCAGUCCAGGGCCAAAGUCUUGUCCAACAUGAUCAAACAAAAGAGAAAAGAGAAGGCGGGCAAGUGGGACGUCCCCAUUCCCAAAGUGCGGGCGCAGGCAGACGCCGAAGUCUUGAAAGUCGUCAAGUCGGGCAAGUCCAAGAGGAAAGCCUGGAAACGGAUGGUCACGAAGGUCACGUUUGUGGGUGAAGGUUUUACCAGGAAACCCCCCAAGUUUGAGAGAUUCAUCAGGCCGAUGGCGCUGAGGUUCAAGAAGGCCCACGUCACCCAUCCGGAGCUCAAGGCCACCUUCUGUCUGCCCAUCAUCGGGGUGAAGAAGAACCCCAGCUCGCCCAUGUUCACCAGUUUGGGGGUCAUCACCAAGGGAACCGUCAUCGAGGUGAACAUUUCCGAGUUGGGCCUGGUGACGCAGGCGGGGAAAGUGGUUUGGGGGAAGUACGCCCAAGUCACCAACAAUCCUGAGAACGAUGGCUGCAUUAAUGCCGUGUUAUUGGUUUAAUUUUGUUGAUUAAAAGGGUUUUUUU